CUCGAGGGCGCACCCAUUCUGAGUGAUAGGAUUAUGGACAAGCCCAUAAUUUUGAGAAAUUGUUUUUCUUCUUUCCGAACUAACUUAAGGCGAAAAUUUCCUUCAAAAUUAAAAAGCCAUUGUUAUUCAAUCUUCUCUUGAAGCACAGACAUACAAAGAUCUCCAUUUUCAUCGUUGUCAUCGUCACCACCGUUUACAUAUCAGAGGAAAAUAAUUGGAGACGGAAUUGAAGAUGAAGAGUAAUGGUUAAUGAAGGAAUUGCAGGUCUUCAACAAAAUUCUUUUUACAUGCAUCGAGCCCUGAUUCAUUGAGCUAGUUCGAAUAAACUGCAGUCUGUAUCAUUUGCCACAAUCAAAUUAAAUUCCUAUAAUUUGUUAUUGGGUUUCUGUUGCAAUUACCAGUUCUUGAGCAAUUGGGAAGAAAUAAAUCUUGGGUACGAUUCCAUUCAUGGGAUUUAGGGUUUACUAAGCGUGGAAUUGAUUUGAAAUCGAACAAUAAAGAAAAUUAGAUCGAGAUGAGAAUGUGCUGAGAUGUGUGGUUGUCCUGGUGUUGUUGAGUGGAUGUUGGCUGGUGACAGUGCAGCAGAGAUGGCGAAUGGUUGAUCUGAUAGUUGCAGUUGAAUUGGUGAAACAAAAUUGAGCUGCACCCCGUCCAGGUACGCUAAUAUGCCUGUAUUUGCAAUUUAUAUACAUCGCAGUGUAACGUUUGUCGAAGGUUCAGUUCCCAGCUAAUAUUUACCGUCUCUAUAAAUCCCACUUGCCUCCUCCGCAUAUAUGGUUUUUUUUUAGUCACUCGAAAAUGUGUUGGACUGCAAUUGCGGUGCUCCGAUCUUUAAAAGAGAACUGGGAGAACUCACCACCAAAUUGGAACACAGAUGAUCCUUGUGGUGAUCAGUGGGAUGGCGUUGGCUGCACUGGUGCAAGGGUUACUUCACUAGAAUUAUCCAACAUGAACCUCAAAGGUACAUUGAAUGGUGACAUUGGAGUACUCGCUGAACUGAGAUCAUUCUGGAAUUGCAGGUUAGGAUUGAAGGGAAUAGAUGAGGCUGUUGUACCUGACUCGCAGGUGUUUGUUCUGCGGAAUGAUACAGUGACUUGUGCUAGUGAAGGACUGAGAUUGUAAUGGUGCUGGUGCUGCAGUGGCUAGGUCAAGAAGAUGGAAGUGAAGAAUUGAGCUGAGAAAAAAUUAGUGUUGCAAGACAUAGCAGGUCUGCAGGUGUAGGGUUUGGUUGCUGCAAUUCAAAUAGUGGUUUAUGGGUCAGAUUGCGGUGAUGUGUUUGUGACAGAAAAGUGCAGGUAGUAUUUGUGGUUGUAGGUAAAUAGAAGCUGAAGGAAGUUACAUUGCAGCUGUAGAGAAUGGGUGUGUGGUGUUGCUGAGUUGUUGUGUGACGCAGUAGUGGAUUUGGUGGUUUGCAAUGAAACUGGUUGUAAUGGAAUUUGCAAGGAUAUUCGAAUUUUUUUUACGUUAGGAAAGUAUUUUGUAUUCGUAUAGUUGAAUAAUCUGUUAUGCAAUUAUGGAAUUGGUUGCAUAA